AUGAAGGAGGUGGAUGCGGUGCUCAGGGUCGCUUUGCACCUGAACGCGACGAUCAGGACUCGAAUAGCUCGCUUCAAAGAAAUGAUGAGCUGGCUGCAGCCGUCAUGCAUCAACUGGACCCUCGCCUGCCAGGACGACUCGGUGCCUCGUCCCUCGACUUCGACGUGCCUCUGGAAGGACGGGGCCUUCCUCCUCGGCCCCUCGGCGACGCGCAGACUGUCUGCGAUGAUUGGAAACGUCACCUGCGCUGAGCUCCAGCAGCAGUAUCGGAGUUUCCGGAGAUUUGUGGCGGACCUUUCCAGACUUGUCCCUUCCGGAAGUAUAGAAGAGUCCCGCCAGUGCCGAUGGAAUGCCCUCUACAAGCGCUCGCCCUACGCUGCCGCACAGCUACAAAGCCGGCUGCCCUUGCUGGCUGGGUUGCCCUACACGGCCAUGCACAUCCGGACGGUCACGCCCAACGAUUUGAAGAAGUACUGCAGUCAAGGUACAGACUGCAGCCACAUCGAAGAUCUGCAGCGCACCCCCGAGGAGCUGUGCCGCACGUACCUCCAAGCGGCCUACAGGGUGCAGCCGGCCGACCUGAACAUCAGCGCUGAGAGGAUGUCAUCCAUCUACCUCGCGACGACCUCUGCCGAGGUCAAGCGUAGUUGCCAGCAACAGUCGACAAGGACCCUCGUGACAGCGGCAGCGCUGCCUGUAGAGUCGACGCACACUCAGACGGGCGGGCGGUUGGCGGCGGACGCCGCUUUCCUCGACCUCUUCGCGAUGAUGGAUGCCCCAGUCCUCGUGAGGGGCCGCUCCUCGUUCUCCUCCUCGGUGCUCCGCGCCCGCGGCUUGAGCUGCCAAAGGAGCGGCGAUGUGAGCAUCUGCAAGGAGGGCGCCUUGCGGCUUUAA